AUGGAUCACCGCGGGCCGCUGUUGCCCGAUGGCCGCCGGCUGGCGGCCGCGCUCCUCCUCCUCCUGGCGGCCUGCCUCUCGUCUGCCCGGGCCGUCACCAGCGAGGAGGCCUCCUACAUCGCACAACGCCAGCUGCUCGCCAUGAGCGAGGCCGGGGUGGGCGAGGACGGCGACCUCCCCGCGGACCUGGAGUCGAGGCCUUGCCUGGAGUUCGACGGCAAGGCCGCCACCGCCAACAUGACCUUCCCGAACGAUCGCCUCCGCCGCGCCUACAUCGGGCUCCAGGCCUGGCGCAAGGCCUUCUACUCCGACCCCAAGAACUUCACCAGCGACUGGGUGGGCGCCGACGUGUGCUCCUACAACGGCGUGGUCUGCGCGCAGGCGCAGGACGACGCCAAGGCCACCGUGGUCGCCGGGAUCGACCUCAACGGCGCCGACAUCGCCGGCUACCUCCCGCCGGAGCUCGGCCUGCUCACCGACCUCGCCUUCUUCCACAUCAACACCAACCGCUUCUGCGGCAUCAUCCCCAAGAGCAUGUCGCGCCUCACCAUCCUCUGGGAGUUCGACGUCAGCAACAACCGCUUCGUCGGCCCCUUCCCCUACGUCUGCCUCGAGAUGCCCACGCUCAAGUACCUCGACAUCCGCUUCAACGAGUUCGAGGGCGAGCUGCCGCCCGCGCUCUUCGACAAGCCCUACGACGCCAUCUUCGUCAACAGCAACCGCUUCGUCGGCCCCAUCCCGGAGACCAUCGGCAACUCCACCGCCUCCGUCGUCGUCUUCGCAAACAACAAGCUCGUCGGAUGCAUCCCCAAGAGCAUCGGCCGCAUGGCCAAGACGCUCGACGAGAUCAUCUUCCUCAACAACACGCUCGAGGGCUGCAUGCCGCUCGAGAUCGGCAUGCUCACCAACACCACCGUCGUCGACGUCAGCGGCAACGGCCUCGUCGGCUCGCUGCCCAAGGAGAUCUCCGGCUGCAGCAAGCUCGAGCAGCUCGACGUCUCCAGGAACGUCCUCACCGGCGUCGUGCACGAGGCCAUCUGCGAGCUCCCCAUGCUCGUCAACUUCAGCUACGCAUCCAACUUCUUCGAGUCCGAGUCGUCGCCGUGCAUGCCCUCCGACAAAUCCGAGGUCAACCUCGACGACGCCAACAACUGCCUCGGCGCGCUCCGCCCCGCACAGAAGACCACGCUCCAGUGCGCGCCCGUGCUCGCGCGCCCCGUCGACUGCAACAAGCACGUGUGUGCCGGGCCGCACCCAACCACGACGCCUUCGCCGGACAGGAAGCAGGCAUCACCGCCGGCGCUGUCCCCGAUAAUUGGGCCAGCAAUGGAGAUCCCGACGCCGGCACCGGCACCGGCACCAGCACCCGAGCCGGCUGUUUUGGGCCCGAUUGUUGGGCCACUUCCACCCAAGGAUGAGUAUGCUGGUGCUCCGCCACCUCCCAGUUCUGGCUGGCUCCCGUUGACCCCUGAGCGCAAGAAGGCACCUCCGCCGGAAGAAUACACGCCUCCGGUGAAGGUGCUUCCGCCACCCGCACCCGAGAAGGUGCUUCCACCACCGACGCCCGUGAAGGUGCUUCCGCCACCCGCACCAGAGAAGAAGGUUCUUCCACCACCAGCGCCGGUUAAGGUGCUUCCGCCACCCGCACCCGAGAAGGUGCUUCCACCAUCUCCACCACCCCCGGUGAAAUCUCCUCCCCCGCCUGCUCCAAUGAGCUCUCCACCACCUCCUAUGAAAUCUCCUCCACCACCUGCACCAGUGAGCUCUCCACCACCUGCACCGAAGAAGCCUCCGCCGACAGAAACACCGGUAAUCCCACCUAAAGAAAAGUCAAUGCCACCACCAACUCCGACGAAGUCGUCUCCCCCUACAACCGAGAAGUAUGAACCACCAGUAAAACCUGUUGAAUCAUUGCCACCACCGGUGAAGUCAUAUCCGCCAAAAGAACCUACGCCUGAGAAGUCAUUACCACCACCAGCGCCAGUUAAGGUACUUCCACCACCCGCAACUGAGAAGGUGCUUCCACCACCGGUGCCGGUGAGCUCACCAACACCAACACCAGUUAAGGUACUUCCACCACCCGCACCAGAGAAGGUGCUUCCACCACCGGUGUCAGUGAAGCCACCACCGGCUCCAGUGAGCUCACCACCACCAGCACCAGUUAAGGUACUUCCACCACCCGCACAAGAGAAGGUGCUUCCACCACCGGUGCCGGUGAAGCCACCACCGGCUCCAGUAAGCUCACCACCACCAGCACCGGUUAAGGUACUUCCACCACCGGCACCAGAGAAGGUGCUUCCACCACCGGUGCCCGUGAAGCCUCCACCGGCUCCGUUGAGCUCACCACCACCAGCGCCAGCUAAGGUACUUCCACCACCCGCACCAGAGAAGGUGCUUCCACCACCGGCACCGGUGAAGCCUCCACCAGUUCCAGUGAGCUCACCACCUCCCCCUGUGAAAUCUCCACCACCACCUGCUCCAGUUAGCUCGCCGCCACCUCCGGUCAAGUCUCCUCCUCCACCGGCACCAGUUAGUUCCCCACCACCAGCACCGGUGAAGCCUCCACCCGCACCGGUGAGCUCACCACCUCCUCCGGUGAAAUCGCCACCACCUCCAGCCCCAGUUAGCUCACCGCCGCCUCUAGUCAAGUCUUCUCCACCACCGGCACCGGUCAACUCACCGCCACCAGCACCAGUGUUGUUGCCUCCUCCAGCAAAAUCCACCCCAGCACCGGUGAAAGAAGAGCCACAGUCACCUCCAGCGGAAUCACUUACACCCCCAAAGUUCGACGAGUUCAUCAUGCCGCCGGUCGUGUCGGCAAAAUACGCGUCACCACCACCACCCCAGUUCCAAGGAUAUUAAGCAUGGCACCAUCGAAACAUCGACGAGGAGCGACCAAUUAUGGUUUAACACAACAUCACGUGCACAUGCACACUUGUACCUCAUUAAUUUGGAUCGUGCAUGCAUGCAUGCAUGCGUCGUGACUUAUUAUUAAUUAUGUGCAUGUGUGCGUAUGCAUGUGCAAACUAAGUGAGACGGCAAAGUGUAUGAAAUGGGAAAUAGAUGUGAUCUAUGAUGCCUUUUUUGUUUGUUUUUGGAAGUGGGUAAUUUUAUUAAAGCAUCAAGCAACUUUUUUUUUUUUUGGAGAUGUGAUCCAUAAUGCCUUAUGUUCUGCUUUUCCCCUUAGGACAAAUGUAUUUCUUUCUUUUAUGAGCAAACAGUGUAUGAGAUUGAAGGAACAAAUGCACAGUUAAAUGGUGUUUUGGUUUAUCUGUC